UAAAUUCCAAAACCUAAGCAACAUUUUCUGAUAAUUAAUUCUACUAAAAAGCGACACAUUCCAACAUGCAAGCAAACACAAUACAGAAACAGGGCACACAAAGGCAGGAGGAGGAAGCUUCUGAUUCAGAGGAUGAGCAGCAGGAAUCAGCACCCAGAACUUCGGGAGGAGUGGAGCCUCCUUUGGCCAAUGAGGUGGAAAAUAUAUCCGUGUACAAUAUACCCUUUCCAUUGCCAGAACAGACGAUUCCAGAACUGUGUCGCGAUGAGUUUCUCAAGAACAUACUGGGGCCCUACCGGACGGUGGUGGAGAAGAAAAAGCGCACAGAGAAUUCGCGCGAGUUGAUGUUCCUCGAUGAUGAUGGGCCCGAGAAGACACCCGAGGCACUGGCCAUCAGGGAGAUGAUCCGAAAGACUAGAUUGUGGUCCAGCCAGCGCAUGACGACGGUGAGCAUCAUCAAGCGGCGUACGGUGAGGCUGUACGAGCUGACGCUGGCGUGCCAGAAGGCGUCGAUUGACUUCAUGUUGCCACGCCUGCGCAAGCAACUGGGACUGUUCAGCAAUCCCUGGCCUGGCGAGCUCAACGAGGUGCCGAAUAAUCUGUUUCACUGGUCGGUGGAAUACUUCAUGCAGCGUCUGUUCAUCAAUCAAUUGUAUCUGGAUGUGAUCCAGCGGGAGCGCUGCUCCAGCGACUUGGAUUGCAUCAAGUUUCGCACGGAUCUGCACGAGAUCAUAUCGCUGUUUCAGGAGGUGCGCGAUGACUUUAUCGACGGUCGGGACAUAUGCGAAUUUUCCAUGAGAUUGAUACACGAUGCCAAAUACAUUACGAACUCGGAUUGGAUUAAUGACAUCAACCAGGCGCGCCAAUUGCAGGAGGAGCUGCAGUUCAACACCUUUACCAAUCCAGAGUCAAGAAACUACCGCAGGAGCACCGAUGAUCGUCAGUCGAAUAUAAAAGUCGAAUUCGAGCAUCAUCAGGCUGUUGGACCCAUUGAUCUGCGGUAUCGCAUCAAUUGGAUGUACAGCUGCGUGGAUCAGAAACUGAUGCGACUCCAGGGCAAGGAGGACCUCCUGCAGAACGAAUUGACCCAAAUAAAGGCCCACAUGAACCAGGACGCACUGGUGCAUCAUAACUCAGAUUUUGUGUACGCCUUUCAGAUAGAUUACUUCAAGAAUCAGAUCAGGGACUGGGAGGAGAAGCUGGACACGGAUCUGGAGAGUGUCGAAUUGCUGUGCAAUCAAACGCGCAACAAUUUGCAAAAGGUCAAGGAUGAUCUCGUCUUCUACAGGGAUCAGCAGGUCAUGUUCAAGCGGCGAAUAAUCGAGGUCAGGGCACAAAUUGAGAGGGAGGAACAGGAGCGCAUAGCGGAGGCGGAAAAACGAGCAUUUUCCUUGACUCAGAAAUUGCUGCUAAAGCAGAAACGAGCCUCAAAGGAUAAGAAAAACAAGAAGAAAUUCUAAAGUUUUCGGUAGUGAGGAAAAUAGAAAAUAGUUUCGUCAUUCAUUCAUUCAAUCAAUCAAUUUAUUUAUGUUGGCAACCCAAACAAAAUAAUCAACAAAUAAUAAUA